GCUCAAGCGGCAGUUCUUUUCUUUUCCUUCGUCGGAGCUGCUACAGGAAGGUAAUCAGAAGUAAUCAUGGUGUGGAUCUAUGAAGGCACCGACGGAUCAUCUAUCACCUGUGAUGUUUCGUUGCAGCUGGAUCUUCCAUUCGUUUGUUGUGACACGCACAGCAACUCGCUCUCACGUCAUCGAGUCACAUGGGAGGUUAGCCUGACGAAACAGUGCACCGGCGCCGGAUACAGGACCUUGGUGUGUGUAUGUGACUGAAUGCAGGACUCAUCUCAACCCAUGACACGUCCCGGGAUGAUGGCAACGACAUUCUCAUCCUUCCUGAUGGCACCAACGCUGUCGCCUCUCACGAGAUCGUCGACGGCAUCAGGGACGGCACUCUCACUCUGCACAGGGCAACUGAUCUGCUCGUCAACGAGGGAGCCAGCGCCCAUUGCAUUGUGAGAGUUGGGAAGGGGUCUCGCAGCCCCAUCCAGCUGGCCAUCGAGCAUCACAGGACGGCUGACAGUGUGGCCAUCCUUCGUUUGCUCAUCGAGAGAGGAGGCCCUGACAUCAAUUACUCCGGCGAUGGUAACCUAUGGGACCCGCCUGUCAGGAUGGCGAUUCGUUGUGGUCGAUAUGACUUGGUCAACCUGCUGCUCGACUGUCCGGAUGCGCAGCUGAGAGAACUGGGGCUGCUCUGGUGUGUGGCGUUCUACGCACGGGGGGGUGCCGUGUCAGCCGCCGAGAAGCUGGCCAUGGUGAAGAGGCUGGUGAGAGUCGGCGGAGUGGCGCUCAUCAGGGAGGGCGGCGGCCCCGGCAAUGCGCUUCACUGGUUCUGCCGGUGGCCUCUCGCCGACCCGUCUGCUCAAAUGGAGCUCAUCGCUUAUCUUGAGCACAAGGCUGGACGGCCGAUCGUUGACGAGAUGGAUUCGGCAGGCAGGACCCCUCUCUUUCUGGCCUACGAAUCGCACUCUCUGGCGUCUGUCCGGCUGCUGCUGCGCAAGGGGGCGUCUAUCACGGCAGCAGGCGUGACGCCCGAGGGCCUGCGAGAGGCAGGGAGAGUUGGACAAGAAGAGAUAAGGUGGACGAGAGCAAUCGUAUACUGCGGCUAUCUGCGUCGCGAUUUCCCGAGGCAAGUGAGCAUCCCCGUCAAGACGGCCCUGCUGCCCAUCCGAGCACUGACGAGCACCCGCCUGCCUGCGGACGUCAUCGCGCGCAUCGCGCAGUUCACUCUCGCCCCACGUGUGAGGGUUGUCAUCCCCAUUGGUGAGAGGUUCCUCGACAUUCGCAUCAACCGGCUGGCCAACGAUUGCGUUUCUGCUGUAUAUCACAGCGUCCGAGAGACCGGCGGCCCGCAGGACAUUGUGGCUCACCAAUAUGCCGACUUGAUGCGGGAGAUCCGUCGGACUGCCAGCAAUCUGGUAGGGUGGUUCGAGGCGUUUUAUCCUCCCAAACUCGCCAGGCACACUGCUGUAUGUGUGCGGGUUGCUGGCCAGGAGUUUGUAUUGGUAGCCGACAGACGCGGCUCUUCAGGGUGUUGACGUGGCUGGCGGCUAUACUGGCAGCUGAACUUUUU